AUGGCUUCUGCAACGUUUGCAAACGUCUCCAGCCGGCCAGCUGCCUGGACCCUUGGCCAACCGAGCUCGGCUCUGCCAGUCGAGGCUGUCGUUGAUUCGACUACAUUCACCUCAACCGAAUCCAACUCCACUGGCUUCACCUCGAGUGGAUUCACCUCGGCCGGGUUCCAGAAGCUGUCCAGCUCUUUCACCGACAAAGAUGGACUCUCCAGCGUCGACUCAACUCUUCUCCAAGAUGCUGGCAUGAUUCGCUCUAUCGUCAAGAUCGAAUCGCGCUUCGAAAAUACACAGACCGGUCACUCCAUCUGGAAGAUCGGCACAGGCUGGCUCAUCCGUCCCGACCUCAUCGUCACCGGCGGUGAUGUUGUGUACGAUGCCGAGUACCAGCUGGGCGCCGCCACGCAGGUCAAGUGUUUCAUCGGCUACCAUGCCAGUAGCUCCUCGGAGAUCCAGCCACGCUAUGGCCAACGCGUCGUGACCUCCUCCGAGUGGAUUGAUGGCUCGGAGAAGCGAUCGCGAGACAUUGCCUUUAUCCAAGUCGCCGAGCCCUUUGCGAUCAAGGGCUGCACUUGCAAGGCGCUUGAACAAGUCAGACUUCCAGAGCCUGAGGUUGUCCCAAAGGCUCCUAUUCAAGAAGAGCCUGUCGUGUCCGAGUCCAAAGAGACUGAUGUCCCUGUCCCCCAACUCGAGCAGCCCGAGCCACAGUCCGAGGUCACCCAACCCGAGGUCAUUCAACCCGAGAUCACCCAACCCGAGAUCACCCAACCCGAGAUCACCCAACCCCAGGAACCAGAGCUCAAGAUCCCGUCUGUGUCGGUUCAUGGGAAGACAGAUGAUGAUGGCUUCGUUAACGUGACCUCCCCGGCCGCUGACACCACCGCGGAUCCAUUCUACGAGGUUCUCAAGACGGUGGCUCAGAUCGAUGCAAAGACUCUCGAUAUUGAGUCUCCUCUUAUCGACGAAAUUGGUCAGUUCCUCAGCGUCAGCGCCGGAUCUUUGCUCCGCUACGUCGUGGGUGCUGAGCCGAUCUCUACCGGCGAGAAAACAAGGCUUCCCGGUGUCUCAGAGAGAGCCCUACUUUCCGAGGCGUCUCUGCAGGCUGUCCUGGCAAUCGAGCAGUCCUCGGAGUUGAAUGAGAUUGUCGAGCACAUGCGACAGACCUGGACUGCCAAUGCGCCCGAGGUUGACCAAGCUGCCACCCUCAUUGUGCCAUAUCUCAAGGAGCGUGCCCAGCACAUUACCGAAUACCACUUGGAGGAUACCAAUGAGCAAACUGUGGGGUCCAAGACGCUCAAGCGCCGACCCUUGGCCAUUAGGCUCUCGGCAGGAAGCGAGGGGUCCAAGGACUUUGCGAAGGGUCUCUUUUCGCCAACCAUCCCCCUUGCUGGCCGAGAGCAAGUCUUUUCCUCCCUGGGUCCGGUCCUGAGAGAUGCGAUCCUCGCUGUUGAAACGCUGGUUUCUGAGACCGGCAAGGCUGCCAUCAAUGAACGUGUUCCGAAGCUGUUGGAGAAGUCGCGUGCUGUCAACUCAACUCAAUCCGAUCUGGAGGCCACACGCAUUCUAAUUCAACGCGCGAUCAUGGCCGAUGCCGCCUACCAAGCCCUUGCAAGCCUUUCCGAGCAGAAGCUGCAAGCUCUCCAGCUGCUUCCACUCGGUUCUACCGUUAUUGAACACGAGUCCAUCUUUGACUUUAUCAAGAGAGUCAUCCAGAAGACUGGACCCGUGGCCUUGCAUCCCACCAAGCAGGCUGUCAAGAAAUUCAUCCCACUGCUUAUCGACGCCCCAUCCAAGCAGCCGGAGCCUGCUUCCAGCGUUACUACCAAGACUACUGUGCAUCGGCUUGCCCUUCGAGAUGUCCUCCGCGAGGAUAAGGCUUCUCCCAAUGUCGGAAUCUCUUAA